GUUAAUUUAGACCUGAAUCAGAACGAUCGCCUCUGAUCUAGUACCCCCAGUGGUAUUGUCUCGACUUAGAGGACAUUGUGGCUACCAUAGAUUUAUACGUGCAGCAGCCACUAUGUGUUUCCCGACUUGGAGGACUUUGCGGCUACCACUGAUUUAGACAUGCAGCAGCCACCAUGUGCAACUCGACUUGGAUUACUUAGCGGUUACGACAGAAUAAUACGUGUAAUAACCAUCAUGUGCACAAAGAGUCUUCGGCCGGUGGGCUUCGAACUCACAACUCAAAUGAAGCGAAUCCUACUCCCUACCAACCAGGCUAAAUGGAAUCAACGAAUCAAUUCAAGAGGGCUUGCAUCUCUUCUACACACGACUGGAUUAUUCAGAAACAAAAGUGUACGUCUGGAUAUACGUCUAACCUCACCCUCGGUUUCUCUUCGGCAAAACGAAGUAACUGCAGAUCUGGUGUGAAAACAAAAUCCGUCACCAUCAUAAAAGAACUCUAUUAGACAGUCGUCAUCGCAGAGAUAUUAUUUUCCGAAACAGGCCAGACAAACUUCCUUUC